CUUGAUAAAUCUGACACAUCUCUAUUACAAAGUUGUUCAAUCAAAAUUGCUUCUAAAUGUCAAAAAUAUAAACAACAGUUCGCAGUCACAAAGCAGACAUAACAUUUAUAUUGAACAUAUAUUUGUUUAAACAACCAGAGUUAAAAAAUGCGUGCUUCUAUUGCUCGUUUGACUAAAGUGUCUCCAAAAUUAAAGGAGCUACGUAUACACCUUUGUCAAUCGGGUGAAGCAUCAAAAGGAGCAAGGGAAUACGUGGAGAAAUUUUAUCCAAAUCUUAAGAAGAACAACCCAGAAUUGCCAAUUUUAAUUCGAGAAUGUUCAGGGGUUCAGCCGCGGCUAUGGGCACGAUAUGUUCUAGGUAAAGAAACUUCCGUUCCUUUGACAAAUCAAUCGGCACCAGAAAUUCAAAAGCAGGUGGAAGCUGUAGCAAAAGCGUAAAUUUAUAUAUUUUUGACUACAAGCCAAAACUGUGAACAUUUAUCUAAAUAAUAAAAUAUAAUAAAGAAACAUCAACCAUAUAAA